GUUCACCGGCUGAUACUGUCCAUGAGGAGCCCAGUGUUCGAAGACCUACUGCUCCACGACGCAGAGAAUAAAGGCAAUGUAGUUCCCCUUAAGGAUGACUCUCCAGCAGCUAUGCACUGGUUGCUAAACCAUAUCUACUCAGACAAGCGAGAAAUUGAAAGUAUAGAUCUUGCGUUACAAGUCCUCGGUUUGGCGGACAAAUAUAUGGUUGCCAGUGCCUACGACACAUGUAUGAGGUACCUCCAAACGAUCGUGAAGCGCAACAAUGUGCUCAAGAUUUACAAGCACCUGGUCCAUCUCUUCUCCGACAACGAGUCCCUUCGGAGCCUUUGCAGGAGGGUCUUCAUGGACAACGGCAACGCGGUGCUGUUAUCUCAGUCGCUCCUGGAUCUGUCUCCUGAAGCCUUGAGCCAACUUCUUCAGGAGCCUUUGAGAGUCACCUCGGAGGCCGUCAUUCUCAAGGCUCUGGUCUCCUGGGGAAACGCCCAGUUAAAGCUGAAAGGAACGCCCAACACACCCGAGAACCUCCGCCAAGAGAUCCGUCCGUUCCUGCCAGAAAUUCGCUUUUUCACGAUGACCUCCGACGAGUUCGUGCAGAGCGUGGUCACGGCGGACGUCCUCUCGCCGGAAGAGAGCGUGUUCGUGCUCAAACACAUCGCCAAGCCCAGCGGGGACGCCAGCGGGGCGGUGGCGCUCAACCUCAACCCGUCUAGAGAGGACAGGUCGUCACUGAUCAGCAAGGAUCAGAUGCGAACGUGCGUGUGCGAGGGCGUGAGCAAGUCUUGGCUGAGGGAUUCCUCCUACACGUUCCACUUCGUUCCCGACGACAACAUAGUGCUUUUGGCCUUGAAGAUCCAGCUCAAUGGUGGCAGCGAGGAGAUUCAGCUCGAAAUCCGAAAAGAAGAAGCGAAAUCCGCUCCUCUGUGCACGAUGAAGAGCCGAGGCAACAACAUUACGUUCAAGAACCCUGUUCAUCUCAGGGAAGCAGUCACGUACGUCUUCACCCUGCACACGACCGAUGCGGAGACGGCGCUGUAUGGGGCCAAGUUCGCCAGGAAGGAGUAUGAGGAAAAUGGAUUCCACAUCGCCAUCGGCCCGGGAAUUUUCAUACAGGCUGUGGUGUUCAUCUAAAGCAUUUCUCAUCUGUGUUUAAUUUCCAGCGUGUAAGUUUCAAGUGUUAGUUUCAUUUAAUAUAGAACACAUAUCAUCUACAUGUAGUGUACGUUAACACGUCUUAAGCAUAUAAAAAAGUUUUAGCAC